UUAAAAAAAACAAGACAACAACUAGGCUUGGUGAAUAGGUGUGGCUUUUCAAGUUUUCAGUUUGCAUUUAUUUAUUUAAAUAACCGAUAAUACAUCACGCUAAUCAAUAUUACAAGUCCUGAAGUGUGUUUAGCUUGCAUUUUGUGUAUUCUAGUCACUUGAAUCUUUCACAAACAUUAACCUACAUGAAAUUUGGGGCGUCCGUCAGCCGUUUGGUGUAACAAGUUAAACAUUCAUCAUGUAUGGCCGAAAAACUCCUUCUACUUACCGGUCUACGCCUUCGGUGUAUUCCCACUACACCACCAAGUCUUCAACAAAUCUCCGUUCUACCAAGUCCGUCCGAUCCCUGCGAGUGCCGUGGUAUCAGAAGCCAAUACUCCAUGAUGCCUUCUUUCUGGACCUUCAAAGAGGUUCUUUGCUAGCUGCUUCUCUGUCUGUGUUCAUUGCCCUGUUCACAUUCGCACAAAGUAUCUUCGACCUGUACUGCCUGGGCAUGGCCGCUCCGGGCUCCGUACAUUACGGGUAUUAUGCCUUCAGCUACCAGUUCGUCUACGUCGGUAGUGCCCCUGUUCGCAACGUGUUGAUAAUAUUCUCGCUGUUCUCGUGGCUGGGAUCAGUGGCCGUGUUGGUCACUGGGAUCAUUCUGAUCAUAGCUCUGAGGAAGGAGCACGAAAAGCGCAUAGCCCCCUGGCUGUACACGUUCGGUGUGUUCAUCCUAUUUCGUCUAGUUGCGUUCAUAUUUGCGGCCAUCGUCAACGACAUGAUAUUUGCGUACAACGCGCUCAUAUGUGUGUGCUGGGUUGUCUUCGUGGUGACCGGGUGCUAUGGCUGGCUGCUGGUCUACAGCUUGUACUUAGAGCUGUGUGAUUUGACGAAGCUAGAGGAUCUGGCGCAUUUGCGGAUGGGCACCAUGGCGUCUCUCAACGCGUCCCUCGCGGGCUCGCGCCCCACCACCCCCCAUAGCGCCGUCUCCACCAUGCCCGCCUCGCAGAUCUGAUACACACACUCACACCCUGACCAGAAAACUAGCACGGAAAAAACUGACCAGAAAAGUGGUACUCAUGAGCAGAAAAGUGGUCUAACGAACAGUGAUACGCAGAAAACUGGGCUCAGUCUGACAUUUACUGAUGAUACUUUGAAAGAUAUUACUGAGGAGAGUAGCGAUGAAGGGACGCCUUUACCUGUGGAAAGGUAUGAGACUAUAGUGUAGACCCUUUUAUGACUUAGCAACAUUCUCUAAAAUGUUGGUCUCUUUCUAGUAGCAUAAAAGUAAAAAAGACAGAUAUGGACUUUAGGGACACACAAACAAUAACGACAUAUCAGAUUUGACAGACAUGAUUUUAUAAAAAAUCUAGUCGUACCGAUAAAACUGGAACCCUUGGAAAGACAGCAGAAAAGUGGUCUAACUCAUGAGCAGAAAAGUGGUUUAACUCAUGAGCAAAAAAGUGGUCUAACUCAUGACUCUCAUGAGCAGAAAAGUGGUCUAACUCAUGACUCUCAUGAGCAGAAAAGUGGUCUAACUCAUGACUCUCAUGAGCAGAAAAGUGGUCUAACUCAUUAGCACAAAAGUGGUCUAACUCAUGAGCAGAAAUUUCUGUAAAAUGUCGGUCUCUUUCUAGUAGCACAAAGUAAAAAAGACAGGGACUUUAGGGACACACAGACAAUAACGACAUUUUAUAUUUGAUAGAAAACUAGCCUUACCCAAGAAUAAAACCCUACAAGGACCACAUAUGCGAGGCCCUUUUCAAUGUGCUUUCCCAAGGUAAUAAAAAGGUUGGCUUUGCGAGGCCCCCCUUAGUGCGAGGCCGUGGGCGGAGGCCCCAUCAGCCCAGGCCUAUCGGCACAUGGGCUGAAAUUAUUAGAAUUACUAUUGUAUGAAAAAAAGAACAAAACUUUGACAAAAUCAUAACAAACCUGUUAAAUUGUGGCUUUCUUGUAAGCCGAAAUGUCUAGACAAUUAUCAACGGUAUUUUUGAUAUUGACAAAGACUGCAUCGACCGUCCAGUGGCGCCCUCAUUGUGUGUUUUCUAAUAAAUCAAUCUUAUGCAUGAGCAUAAAGCAAUGCAGCAUAGCAUAUGCAUGAGCAAUGUUUUGCCUAUGUAAAAAGCAAACU